AUGGACGACCUAAACGACAAUGACAUCAGCAUGGGCGAUCUCCCCGAGGUCACUGUGGAUGUAUCCGAUGAUCACCAGUCCGGAGGGGAAAGGGACGUCGUCGGUGUUGCCGCCAAGCAUCGCGACGCUGAGCACAACUACGAGAUCAAAACCUUCAAGAUUCUCAAGCGCUCCGUACCCCUGCCCCGUCUCUUCGACAUCUACUUUCACCCUGAGCGUAGCCUUGUACCUGUCGUUCCUCAAGAUAUCCAGCUUGACUUCUACUUCUACAUGUACAACGGCAUCGCCAGCGACAACUUUGUCGCACAGAAGACGCAGCCUGUUGACAUCAGUCGGACCAUCUGGUUCUACGGUGUGGAUAGCACUCAUGCAUUCACUAUGCAUUGCUACCAGAUCCGCUGGAACGUCAUCAUCAUGUCCUUCCUUUGGGCAACUGGAUUCGAUGAGCGAUACUGCAAGCCUGCAUGUGGGCCUUUCAUCAUCAAGUUCAUCAAGGCCUGGAUAGAGUCACUAGUCUAUCAGCACGACAUCUCCGACAACAUCUUCGCCCAACGCGAGGCUUUCAUCAAGUUCUGGAAGAACGGCCCUUUCGACUUAUACUACUUCGGCAAGCGCGACAAGACGAAAGACCUCCCCAGGCACGACGACCUUGUCAAGGCGCUACGGGACGAAACCAUUGACGAAGAGACGUUUGAGCGGUAUGGUCCUACGCUGGCCUUCCAGUGGGUUAUCGGACGAGAAGAAUUUGCGCGCGAGGAGCAAGAGGCGAUCGACUUCGACAACGAGGUCAACCAGUCUGAUCUGGAGUUGGCUGAGGCGGAUAGGGAGGUGGCGGAAGCGAAGAAGCAGGUGGAGCUCACUGCUGGAGCCCUUGAGAACGUCGACGAGAUGGAAGAAGAUAAUGAGGAAGACGAGGAAGAAGAUGGCUUCGAUCCCUUCCCCAAAGAGUACCAUCCUAGUCUCUCGCGUGUGGGAUGGGAUGAUGUGCAUGGUAUCGUCAUGCCACUCAUGCGGCCUAUCGAUGCAUCACUUCCUCAUCCAAGGACGGUACACGAGAAACAUCGUCCCGUGGCUGACGAGAGGACAUUCUACGUCACCAGGGACCAGCUGUUCGAUGGCAUCUUGAGGGUUCGGGAUGAUGAGAUUGAUGAGCUGGGUGACAGUCUCGCGACGAUGACGACCAUGAUCAACACCAAGUUGACCUAG